AUGCCGAAUUUCAACGACGAUCCCGAGCGUGCUGAAACGCCCCGGCACCAAUACUCUCCUUUAAAUUCCAAUGCAAGACCCGCUAGCAUUGCGCUCGGUGGGGAGCGGCAAGAUCCCGAUGACUGGCGACCGAGACGAGCAAAUACCGACAAUUCAUUACAUCGCGUUCGAUUUUCCGGCGACGUUCUAUACGAAGACGAAGAAUCUCGUGGAAUAGAUGCCUCGAUUCAUACAAAUAUCGAUUCGCGAAUGGAAUCUAGCGACCCUUCCCAAGCCCAUGCUCCGUCGGCCGGUAAACGAAGCGAAGGACGACACGUAGAAUAUGUUGAUGAUAUACCGGUGGUGGGGGGAAAGUCGAGGCGUUUUAGCGAUCAUGGCAAGGCGAGUCAGGAUACCGACGAUAGUGGUCGCGAAGCCUCUUUCCGGCUGGAUAAUUAUCGCGCUUGGGUCAAUCGGCAACGGAAACUUACUCGGGGUCCAUGGGCUAGGCUUGAGAAACUGUUCAACGAUUCGUAUCAAAAAUGGAUUAUCGAAGGUUUGCUGCGCCAGAAACCCCUUCCACCAAGUCGCAAUGGUCGCCAUAUACCUUUGAAAGCGGGCGCUGUUCGCAAGGUGCCGCUGAUAGACGAACGGAGCGGUAAAACCUACGUCUCGAAUUUCAUACGCUCCAGUAGAUACACCAAAUGGUCUUUUCUGCCGAAACAGCUUUACUUCCAGUUUAGCAAGCUAGCCAACUUCUACUUCCUGAUUAUUGCUGUAUUGCAGCUUAUACCGGGUCUGAGCACGACGGGCUCGUUUACCACACUCAUACCUUUACUCAUCUUCGUCUCUAUUAGCAUGGCGAAGGAAGGGUUUGAUGAUUAUAGGAGGUAUAUUUUGGACAAGACAGAAAAUCUAGCCGCGGCUUGGGUACUAGAUCCGGACGGGACUGUCGAAAACACACCAACCAAGAGUCGACUAGCAGGUUUUAGGAAAAGGCGCAGUAGGGAGCGGGAAGAGGAGGAGGGAAUGACAGAAUUACAAGAUGUGGGGGAACCUCGAGAGGAAUCUAUAUGGUCUACGGUUAAGUGGCAGGAUCUAAGAGUUGGCGAUAUUAUUCGAUUGCGAAGAGAUGAUAAUGUGCCUGCAGAUAUCAUUGUCUUACACGCAACUGGUCAUAACGGAGUGGCGUAUAUUGAAACGAUGGCACUCGAUGGCGAAACGAACCUCAAGAGCAAACAAGCUUGUUCUUUGCUAGCUAAGCGCUGCGACACCAUCGAUAACUUAAGGAAUUGUGAAGCAGAAAUAGUAUCUGAGGAUCCCAACGCUGACUUAUAUAAUUAUGAGGGCCGUGUUACUCUUGGUGGCGAAACCCGACCGCUAACUAUGAAUGAUGUCGUAUAUCGAGGCUCCACAUUGCGAAAUACGGAUGAAGUAAUAGGGCUGAUUGUUAAUACGGGCGAGGAAUGCAAAAUUCGAAUCAAUUCAGCUCAGAAAGGUGGUGCUAAAGCACCUAAAAUCCAGGCCUUGCUGAAUCGCAUCGUCGUUCUUCUCGUUUUGGUUGUGCUCACCCUUACUGUGGGUUGUAUGGGCGGAUACUAUGUUUGGAAGAAUGCCUACGAGAAAUAUGCCGCCUAUCUUAAAGAUGCCAGUGUGCCAUUUGCGCAUAUAUGGUUCGGAUUCAUCAUCGCGUUCAAUACUCUUAUCCCGUUAUCUCUAUAUGUUAGUUUGGAAAUCAUCAAAGUCGGCCAAUUCUUUUUGUUAGACGAUAUCGAGAUGUACGACCCUGAAACAGACACGCCCAUGGUUGCAAACACUACCACAAUUCUGGAGAACUUGGGCCAAGUCAAUUACAUCUUUUCCGACAAAACCGGUACUCUGACGGAGAACAAAAUGCGUUUCCGAAAGCUUAGUGUUGCGGGUAUGGCAUGGUUACAUGACAUGGACAUCGAACGAGAUCGACAAGAGAGCGAAUUGCGAAUGUCAAAGGCCAACCAAAAAACUUCCAGCCAACGCAUUGAUGGUGACACAGGCGCGAAUGCAAUUUACGACAGGGAUGAGCGUGUAGAGACGCCAUUGAUCGAUAACCAUCAAUUCCCCUCUACUGGGAUAGCGAAAUCCCGACUAGGGCAUUCUCCGCCUAUACCGAAGACAGAGGCUUUGCUGGGUUAUAUUUAUCAGAAUCCUUACACAACAUUUUCGAAGAAAGCGCGACAAUUUCUACUUUGUGUGGCAUUGUGUCAUACCUGUUUACCUGAAAUCAAAGAUAAUGGCGAUAUUACUUUUCAGGCUGCAUCCCCAGACGAACUUGCGCUGGUACAAGCUGCUCAGGAUUUAGGCUUCCUCCUUAUUGAUCGCCCAGCGCAUUCCAUCAAACUUCAGUUUCAAGGUCCAGAUGGAGAAUCCAUCACUGAGACAUAUGAAGUGUUGGACGUGAUCGAAUUUAGCAGCAAGCGAAAGAGAAUGUCGAUUAUUAUACGGAUGCCAGAUGGUAGGAUCUGUGUAUUCUGCAAGGGCGCUGACAAUGUCGUGAUUGCCCGAUUGAAAAAUGCUCUUCUCGCUAAGCAGAAAGCUUCUGAUGUGGAACGUAGAGCUAGCAAGCGCAAGAGCGUGGAAGUUGAAAGGGCCAUGAGCCGUCUUAGCGGCACAUAUAGCCCUAGAAACAGCAUGAGCAUGAACAGACAUGGUAGCAUUUUCCGAAAAGGUAGUCGGCGCAAAUCUGCUGAAUUGAAUCGUCGCUCCGCUGUCUCGGAUGACUUGGAUACUUGGCUUACGAGGCGCGAGACAUUGGAUUUAGACGAUGCUGUGAGAUAUGACGAAGGUAUCAGCACGCCUCGAAGGUCAAUGGUUCUCUCUCCGACGCUGCUUGCUGGUAGUACUGGGCUUUAUGAUGGAUUGGUAGACGAGGCCAUAGCUGCGGACGACGGCAUCAUCUUUGAUCGAUGUUUCCAACAUAUCGGCGAGUUUGCUUCGGAAGGUCUCAGGACCCUUCUCUUUGCUUACCGUUACAUCAGCGAUGAGGAAUACGAAGCGUGGAGGAAGGUUUAUCGGUCCGCUACGACCAGCCUAGUAGAUAGACAACAGCGCAUCGAGGAGGCCGCGGAGUUGAUUGAGCAGGAUUUUGACCUCGCCGGGGCAUCUGCCAUCGAAGACAAACUUCAACAAGGUGUACCUGAAACGAUUGAGAAGCUUCGCAGAGCAAAUAUUAAAGUGUGGAUGCUCACUGGAGACAAGCGCGAGACUGCAAUCAACAUUGCUCACUCUGCGAAAUUGGCUAAACCAUUCUCCGAAGUUUAUAUCCUUGAUGCUACGGCCGAAGAUUUGCAGGAGAAGAUAACCUCGACCCUCAUCGAAGUUGGUCGUGGCAUGGUGGUCCAUUCCGUUCUCGUCGUCGACGGUCAUACCUUGAGCGUAAUCGAAACAGAUGAAUCCUUGAAGAUAAUGUUUUACGACCUUGCUGUUCGGAUGGAUUCUGUUAUUUGUUGCCGAGCGUCGCCGUCUCAGAAAGCAAGUCUAGUACGAGCUAUUCGCCAUACCGUGCCGUCCUCGUUAACUCUGGCCAUCGGUGACGGAGCAAAUGAUAUCGCUAUGAUUCAAGCAUCUCACGUUGGUAUCGGCAUAUCUGGUCGCGAGGGUCUUCAGGCUGCUCGUGUCGCCGACUACUCAAUCGCCCAAUUCAGGUUCCUCCAGCGGCUUCUCCUCGUACAUGGUCGCUGGAUGUAUCUGCGUACUGCUAAAUAUAUAUUAGCGACGUUUUGGAAAGAGUUGGUGUUUUAUAUCAUCCAAGCCCAGUACCAACAUUGGAAUGGUUACACCGGAACAUCUAUAUACGAAUCGUGGAGUUUGACUGUGUUUAAUGCGCUCUUUACAUCUCUACCGGUUAUUCUGCUGGGGAUCUUCGAGAAAGACCUGAAAGCUGAGACGUUGCUUGCUAUUCCCGAGCUCUACUCGUUCGGCCAACGGAGCGAAGCUUUCAACUUUAAGAAGUAUCUUAGUUGGAUGUUCACAGGCGCGGUUGACACUGUCAUAAUUUUCAUGAUGGUCCAGGGCUUCUUCAAGGAUAUCCUGUUUACCGAAAAUAACUCACUCUUUCCUUUGGGUCAGUUAGCGUUUACGGUGACCGUAAUUCUCAUCAACGUGAAGAUAUUGAUCUUGGAGUGCCACCACAAGACAGCAAUCACGUUUGGUGGCUUCGCUAUCUCGAUUAUCGGCUGGUUCGUAUGGAAUUUCUUCAUAGGUGGCGUAUAUCCCUUCAAAUUCGGACCAUAUGUCGUGCGCGGUUCUUUUGUGCACGAGUUUGGAAAUAAAUUAGGCUGGUGGGCAACGGCUGGAGCUACAAUUGUGGCUGUGGUCGCAUUUGAGCUAGGGCUCACAGCAUUACAACGGAUCUAUUUCCCACGAGACCAGCAUCUAUGGCAGGAGAUCGAGCGUGAAGGCGGCGUCAAGGAGGUUCUCAAAGAGCAUGCAAUCGAGGAAGGACACGCAAUCCCUAUCGUGGAAGGAGAUCAAUUAGGGGAUGACAAUGAUAUAGAUGGGCAGCGACCUUUAAGUCCUGUACUUAGCGAGAGGUCAUCGGAGAGGAACCAAUUCCAGGACAUGAACAUACCAUCGAAUACUGGGCGACAACGAAGUCGUCGAAUUGCCGGUGACGGAGGCGCUAGCGCGCGGGGACCGUCGAUUCAAAAGGGGAAUCGAAUACAAACAGCAUGA